UAUACAUUGAAAUCUAACUAGAGUCAGCUUCUCUUGACUACUACAACAGUAGCAAUGCUGAAUCAGUACCACUUCGGGACUAAAAUCCAACCGUCCAUGGCACUCAUCGUGAUAAUGUGUUUAUGUUUGGAACAUGUAAGAGGAUCCUGUCUCAGUUACGGACAUUCAUGCUGGGGAGCGCACGGUAAACGGGCCAGUCCUGCAGAACGUAAUGGUGAGCCGUUCGCUGGGGAAGGCCUACCGUUUCGUCAGCAGCAACCACCAGAUCAGACGAAACCCAUGCCAGUCGCAAUGUCUGCCGCAGAACGGUGGGCGUUGGUCAGAGUGCUUCCGGAUAAAAACGCAUACAAGCUUCUGCAGACUACGCCACCUUUGGCAGCUCAGUUUUUCUUCGACCAUGCCACGACGGGUCCAGAUGCGUCCGCGGUUGCUGUGGAACAAUCCAGCGACGACACAGCGCAGCGGUUGGCCGAAACAAGCAAUGACUCAAGUCAUCAGCCCAACCAGGUUACAUCAGACGAAAUGGAUAUCUUGCCUGGCGAUACAAUCAGUGUUUCUUCAAGACCACUAGCAUCGAUCGGCCAUAAACGGGUUCAUCGCCGCAAGAAAAUGCCACUGUCCGUCGCAGAUAACCUCAGUCGCUAUGCUUUCGAUGACAAGAUCGAGGAGGAUAUCAGCAACAUCGACCGAAUGUUGGCGCCUACCGAUGAGGACAUUAGACAAAUGUUACUUUUCGAUGCUGCGGUGGCUGCUGCUGAUCCUUCAAAUAGAGCAGGGCCAUUCAUCAGCAAGCGCUUCAGUGCCAGUGCUCGAGCUCCCACGAGUGCUUAAGCAUCCAAGAAAAAGUUUCUGUUCGAAUCGCCGUUGUCUGGGUUAGGAAGCGAUAUCAUGCUUACAAAUUUUACUCAUCCCUAUCAUUUCUUGCCAGAUACCAUAAAAGACCAGUAUUCAGUGACUAACUAUGACAAGGAAUAUUCCGCACUACGACUAAAUCGCCCAGGUUUAUGAGCUGGGAUUACGCAUAAGCCGUUAAUCUAGUACAGCCAUUUUAUCGUCGUUUCUCCACUAUCUUUAACUAUUGGGUUUUUGCCAACUUAAACAAUGCUGACACAGCUGUUUGGUAAUAAGAAAUGAGGAUCUAUCACCAAGACAAUGAAUAUUGCUAAACGGUUUUUGGUAGCAUUCAUUAUAGGCUGGAUUGGUGAUGGAUAACCAUUUCGAUAACGGAUCAGAUGU